UCUUUCGUGUUGUUUCGUGGCCGUUGACGGUGUGCGAGCUCGUUAGCGGAAGAUGGGCUUGGCUCUCUCUCUCUCUCUCUCUCUCUCUCUCUCUCUCUCUCUGUCUGUCUGUCUGUCUGUCUGUCUGUCCUCGGUUUCGAAAUGUUCCUCAAUGGUUUUGGCUGAGCUGACAUUUUGCAAAGGUUUUUUUGAAGUUCUCCUUUCUCGUCCAGGAAAGGAAGAAUGAGCGACGCCAUUCCGCCCAAAGUGGAACUUUUCGUCAAGGCAGGGAGCGAUGGCCAGAGUAUCGGCAACUGUCCCUUCUCUCAGCGCCUCUUCAUGGUGUUGUGGCUAAAAGGAGUCACGUUUGAUGUCACCACAGUGGACAUGAAGAGGAAGCCGGACAUCUUGAACGACCUGGCUCCGGGUGCCCAGCCGCCUUUCCUGUUGUAUGGCAGCGAGGUGAAAACUGACACCAACAAGAUUGAGGAGUUCCUGGAGGAUAAUCUCUGCCCCCCAAAGUAUCCUCGUUUGGCAGCUCGUAACCCUGAGUCAAACACAGCAGGAAUGGAUGUAUUUUCCAAGUUCUCAUCUUACAUCAAGAACUCCAACCCUCAGACCAAUGAAAAUCUCGAGAAAGGCCUUCUGAAGGCUCUGAAGAAACUCGACGACUACCUCGGCUCCCCACUUCCUGAUGAAAUCGACGAAAAUAGCGCAGAUGAGGUCACUUCCUCGACCCGCCCCUUCCUUGACGGCCAAGACCUUACACUCGCUGACUGCAACUUGCUGCCAAAGCUCCACAUUGUCAAGGUUGUGUGUUUAAAAUACCGAAAAUUCAGCAUCCCUCAGUCUCUGUCCAACCUGUGGAGGUACCUGAACGCAGCAUACGCCCGGGACGAGUUUGCCUCCACCUGCCCGAUCGAUGACGAGAUCCACGUGGCUUAUUCUUCUGUGGCCAAAGUUCUAAAGUAGGCUUUGGAAAAAAAGUUGCUUGAAAUUCAUCAUCAAUUUAACAAGCAGAAGUAUAUACACAAGUGUUCAAACAAGCAAAACAACAGCACAUUCAUUAUGUAAUCUGAGUUGCUUACAAUUACUUUGCCAAGUCAAGUCUUAUUUCUGUGUUUAUUGUAUCAGGUAUAAAAAGGAACCACAUUCACUAUAUGGACAAACUUAUUGAGACAUACAUUAUCCAUAAUUUAAUCAAUCAGAGGUUGGCUUGACCUUUAAUUCUCUUUUUGUCUGUGCCUCAGUGUACAAAGCAAAGUCUAUAACGGCAGUCUUGCGUGCAGUUGGUGUGAAAGAACUUGACUAGCCCCCAAAGUCCCCAGAAACACGCCAAAAAUCUCGUAGGAAGUCAAAUGAUCCGAUUUUUGUUCCUGGAGGUGCAGUGGCCAUGUGUCCCAAUACCUUUGUCGUCAUAGUGUAGUUACAAAUGCUAACAUAACAACCAGUAAGCAGUCACCACAUUUGGAAAAACUACUCGCUUGCUUGUUUUCUCAUAACUAAAUACAGUGAACCCCCUUUUAUUGCGUAGGAUAUGUUCCAGACCCACCUGCAAUCGGUGAAAAUACGCAACAUAGAGAGACCAUAUACUAUUUUUUAUCAAGUUUUACCCCUCCCACAUGCUUGAAAUUUUUAAAAACUUAUUAAAGUACACUCUAAAAGUAUUCCUUUGUGCCUCUUCUCACUUGCUUCAAGCUGUUUGUCACUCCCAGUGGAAGUAUACUGUAAAACUGACACAUAAGUCAUAUAAUUAGGUCAAACGAAAGCUAGCUUGAUGUUACCAUUAAUAACAUCAAUGCAAAACGCCAUAGGCAGGCUAACAACAAUUUGCAUAGAUGUUACGGUAAUUAUAAACUUUCAUACAACUGCUUCACAAACAGAGGAUGCGACAAUAAUCACAAGUAGAUAUUCUAUCUGCACUGUGAGAACAAAAAUUACUAGAGUUUAGUUGUGGGCCUUCUCUUCCUCCUCUAUAUUUUGCUCUUAAUUAUGCUGCAUCUCUUUAAGUAGACAUAAGUGCUGCCCGGCGCGUCGCGGCACAAGGUGGUACUACACUGAAAGCACGCAACUCUAAAUUUGGACUUGCCUGUACACUUUAAAGACCCAUAACAAAUAUUUUCUUAAAAAUCUGGGAUAUAGUUGAGAGCGUGAACGAUGAAUCCCGACUUACAGUAGUGGGGGUUUACUGUACACACUGUAGAAGUCGUUUGUACUUUUGGGAGAGUAUACAGACAAAAAGCUGCCAAGUCAGGUCAAACCUCGUUCGGCAUUCAAUGUAAAUCAUUUCUUUUUAAUCUAUUUGCUAGAAAACAAGCAUACCAGCAUGGGCCUUCAUAUUUGGGGUUCCAAUUUUGUAUUCUAUGAUGCAACAAGGACUGUUACAUUUGAAAUACAAAGUGUAUUCAUUUGAAAUACAAAGUGUAUUCAUUUGAAAUAUAAAGUGUAUUUUGGCGUUGUAGCACACAAUAGGGCGGUAGGGAUGCAGACUCAUUUGGAGGGCACAAAGACAGGAAACUAUUUCAAGAGCUUGAAUCUUUUGAAAUGGUUUCCCCUCGAGCAGCUGUGAAUGACUGUUUGGUGUAACCUGCUGCUAGAAGGAGGUUACCCUUCAUUUUAUUCCAUGUGUCAUGUAUGAAGGACCUUUUUUUCUAGCAUAUGAAAAAGUUUUGCAGAAAUUUAGUAAGGAGUUUUGGGGCCAUACUAAGGAUGGCGUGAGCUAAUUUGUAAAAAAAAAAAAAAAAAAAAAAAAGUCACCAUGUUAUGAGAGUUAGUAUUUUUUUCCCCUCAGGAAAUACUGUGAAAUAAUUGUUCACACUUCUAGUUAGACGAUCAAACACACACAAAAAAAGGAAUCUUUGUAGUUCUUAAUCAGGAACCAUAGACAAACGCUGCACAAUCACAUUCAACUGUUCAUACAGUGCUGAUGUGCUACAACAGUGACUAUAUUUUGUUAGACUGUACAAAAGUUUAACUUGACAAGCUCCUCAAAAGUCCCAAUCUUAGCAGAUACGCCGUGGACCCCUGCAUACUUGUGCUUCGGCACCCGUGGAUUCACCUAUUCACAGAUAUUUAUUUUCAAUUUGUUUUUUUCAAAAUUGUAAUUUGUCUUUUUUUUUUCCCACUUUUUUGUUUUCUUUUUGUUUAGUUUAUUUAUUUACUUUUUGGGGCGGGUGAAGCCCGAAAAUGCCUAUUCGUGUUUUAUCCCCACGUAUUGAAGAUUUUUGGGGGUUUAAAAAUAUAUUUUUUUAAUUCAAGCCAUUAUAAUGGCCAUCAAUUAUCCACAGACUUUUGCUAUUUGCGGUAGAGCCCGGUCCGGUGCCUAUCCCCUGCAAAUAGCGAGGGUCCACUGUACAUCCUUACAACUAUAAUGCUACAACUUUAGCUUUGUAAUAUUGACAUAUUACUUUUUCUUCAAAAUAUUCCAAAAUUACUCCUGUACAAUUGCAACAAAAGAGUUUUUCGUCAUAAUACUACAACCUUUUUCUUGUUAAAUUUCAACUCGUCUCUGAUAUGACUUAAUCCUCGUAAAUUUGAAAGUCUGUAAUUUUCUCACAAGGUGGACCUGUCCUAUUUUUCUAUUAUGAGGCUAUAUUGAAUGCUUUUUCACACACACUGACACACGCAGUAAGGGAGAGGCAUAGGAAAAGCACCCCAAAGCAACUGCAGGUUCGGCGCUUUGCUCAAGAGCACCUCAGUUGGUACUCUGUCAGCCAUCCAGCAUCUCUCCAGCAACCAGCUCAGCCAACACAUUCCUUAGUUUAAUUUUUGAAUACAUUAUUUUGUUACAUUUUGUGGUCCUGAACCAUAGGCCAGGUCUUACAGAUGACCCACCACCGGCCAAUGUUACAACAUACAAAGCCAGACUGUUACGACUCAAAAUGUCAACUAUGUUGUUACAUUACAACUUUAUUCUCAUGGGAAAUGUGACGUUUCCUCCUAACCUUAUUACUUUACUGUUGUAAAAUGACAGGUUGUAUCUCAUUCUAUGAUGAAAUUAUUCUCCUUAUUAGGGUAAGCGCUAUAAAAAAUAGAAAUGGGUCUUUUAACCAUGCAACUUUUCUUCUAAGCUUGUUCAUUUUUCAGUGUGGCCCUAAAACUCCUUCGUAUGAAUUGAAUUCAGCAGUUAGCAAUGUCCCUGAAGCAUUUUGUGUCUGGGGAAACCCAACAGGAAGUUGACAGCGUUGCAACUAAAAAUAAUAGUGGGUGAGAUAGGUUGAAAGAUUAGCUUUUGACAGUGCACUUAAAAUGUCUACUUGUCUAGAAGAAAUGUGCAAAAUGAAUGUGUUAUCCUGUAGGACUGGGUCACCAUCAAACAGUUUCGUAAAUAGUCUCUUGGACUGUGAUAUAUAAAUAGUGCGUUUGAAGGCUUAUGCAUAUGGGAGUUUUCACAAAAGGGUGCUGGAGGAUCAGUUUGGUCACAUUGGUGGCAGUGAAGGGACAUAUCGUAGAAGAAGGGACUCACGAGUGCGUAGGUGCACUUUAUACAGUAACUCAGUUACUGUUUGAUUCCCUCCUGUUUCGAUCGCACUGUUGGUUUUGCCGAAAAGAACUUGACUUGAACAUAUUGGGCUAAAUUUAGUUCAUGUGUUACCAGUUACAAUGACCUGGAAAGUGUCUUGAGCGUAAACUGAACGAGAUAUAAUGGUGAUAAUGCGCCUUGUUUAGCUGUAGUGGCAGUUGUUGUUGUUGUUGUUGUUUAAUCGACUAUACUGCUCUCUGCUUCAUGAACUGUUGUUGAAGACUAUAUUGAUUUCAAAUGUUAUUGAAUGAAAGUUCUUUGUACGGAGUCCAAUAUAAUCUCGUGUCUGACAGAUGAGGUUAAUUCGAGAAAAAAACUCAAACCACCAUAAGUGCAAUUUAAGAAUAGAAAAAAAAUGUUGUUCCAUGUUUUCCACAUAACAUAUUUGUCUCGUUUGUGAUACAACUUAAAUUGGAGAAGUGAACCCCUCCUUUCUAAACGGAAGAGAUUUAGUUUUACUUGACCAAGUUGACUGAACUGUUUCCUCAAUGAUCAGUCAAAGGGACAGCAUCCUGAAAAAUUUCAGGACCACAUUUUAAUGAUUUCUUUAUGUACUGUAGAGUUACAUACAGUUCCAGGGAGCUAACUAUUCAAAAUAUUACGUUUUGUUUUCACCUCUCUUAACUUUUUCUGCCUUAAUGCAGUGCAUGUUAUUUUUUUCAUAACAUAUUUACUUUUCAGCUUGUUGCUUUCUGACUAUUGUAGACUUUUUCAUUUUUUUUGUGUGUGUUUUUGUGUUUUGAAUUUUUCAUUUUUGUCCACAGAAAAAGUGAACCUUAUUUAGGUAUAUUGAAAUAAUUGGCAGACAUUAAAAAUAAUGGGACUUUUCAUUCCAUGUUGACUUUUAUACUUCCAAAGCCACAUUUCAUUGGUGCAUUUCUUUAAAAACGGCCAAUAAAGUUGUCUUCAUA